CGACCAGGGAACCCCACUCGCUAUUCCGCACCCCUGGACGAUGGGGAGCAGGGCUCGCCGCCUUGCUCUGGAGCCGGAACAGCCGCUGGCCGCGUGAAAACUUCUCUUGGGGUCUGGAAAGCUGGAAUAUGCAUGUUUAAGAUGGAAACAUCCACUUCAAUGGCUGCUGGGAAAAAAGAAGAGAAAAGUGUUCUUCUGGAAGACAAUGCCUUUAAUGAAACAACAAAAAAACCAGUUCCUUUGGCAGCUGCAGCAACAACAGCAGUGGUGACUCAAGGAGUUCCACAGCAUAUUUUUCCAGCCUUCCAUUCUCCUUUGCCAAUUGACAUGCGUCACCAAGAAGGAAGAUACCAUUAUGAACCUCACUCCCUUCAUGCGAUUCAUGGACCUUCCACUCUAAGUGGCAGCCCUGUUAUCUCUGAUAUCUCCCUCAUCCGUCUAUCCCCACACCCUGCGGGACCUGCAGAGUUACCUUUCAACCACCCUCAUCCAUACAUGAACCCCCACGUGGAACAUUACUUCCGAUCCAUGCAUAGCAGCCCUACUCUGUCUAUGAUCUCAGCUGCUAGAGGCCUCAGCCCAGCUGAUGUAGCUCAUGAGCAUCUAAAAGAGAGGAGCCUGUUCGGCCUUCCCCCUCCUCCUCCCGGAGCCAACCCCACAGACUACUAUCACCAGAUGACGCUCAUGGCCAGCCACCCGAAUCCUUAUGGGGACCUCCUCAUGCAGACUGGAGGAGCAGCUGGGGCCACACAUCUUCACGAUUACCUCAGCCCUGUAGAUGUGUCAAGAUUCUCCAGCCCAAGAGUAACUCCAAGACUAAGCAGGAAGCGAGCGCUUUCUAUCUCCCCCUUGUCUGAUGCCAGCAUCGAUCUCCAGACCAUGAUUCGGACCUCACCCAAUUCCUUGGUGGCAUAUAUCAAUAACUCCAGAAGUAGUUCUGCAGCCAGUGGCUCUUAUGGCCAUUUAUCAGCAGGGGCAAUAAGUCCUGCCUUUACCUUCCCUCAUCCGAUCAACCCAGUGACAUACCAACAGAUUCUGAAUCAGCAAAGAGGCCUGAGUUCAGCGUUUGGACAUACCCCUCCUUUCCUACAGCCAUCCCCAACUUUCCCUGCCCGGCAGCAUGUGGCUGUCAUCUCGGUCAAUUCUUCUCCUGCUCAGAUCAGCAACAGCAGCAACUGCAUCGCUGAAUCUAACCAGAACAAGCAAAGCAGUGAGUCGGCAGUUAGCAGCACAGUCAAUCCAGUAAUUAAUAAACGCAGUAAAGUCAAGACUGAAACAGAGAUUCUACCCUCAUCUUCUCCACCGACUCAGGAACUUCUGACAGACUUGAAAGAGGAACUUGAUAAGGACGAAUGCAAGCAGGAGCCUGAAGUUAUUUAUGAGACCAACUGUCACUGGGAAGGUUGUGCAAAAGAGUACGAUACGCAGGAGCAGCUGGUCCAUCACAUCAACAAUGAUCAUAUUCAUGGGGAGAAGAAGGAGUUUGUUUGUCGCUGGCAAGAAUGUAGUCGGGAACAGAAGCCGUUCAAAGCACAAUACAUGUUAGUUGUGCACAUGCGAAGGCAUACUGGAGAAAAACCCCACAAGUGCACGUUUGAAGGUUGCUCCAAAGCAUAUUCACGGCUGGAGAACUUAAAAACACACCUGAGGUCUCAUACAGGAGAAAAACCUUAUGUCUGUGAACACGAGGGCUGCAAUAAGGCUUUUUCUAAUGCUUCUGAUCGAGCAAAGCACCAGAACAGAACACAUUCCAAUGAGAAACCCUACGUCUGCAAGAUCCCGGGCUGCACCAAGAGAUACACAGACCCCAGUUCUCUCAGGAAACAUGUGAAGACUGUGCAUGGACCGGAGGCCCAUGUCACCAAGAAGCAACGCAAUGACAUUCACCUGAGGCCACCUGCCCUUAAGGAAAAUAGUGACAAUGAAGCAAGUGCCAAGCAGAGCAGCAAGUCUGCUGAAGAGCGGGCUGAAGCAAACAGCACCACCACAGGCACAGAGGACUGUUUACAAGUCAAAACAAUAAAGACAGAGAAUUCUGUGAUGUAUCAGUCCAGUCCUGGUGGCCAGUCAUCAUGCAGCAGUGAACCAUCGCCUCUUGGGAGCACCAACAACAACGACAGUGGAGUGGAAAUGAACAUGCACAGUGGGGGAAGUCUGGGGGACCUGACUGCAUUGGAGGAUAGUACUCCUGUUGUGGACUCGACUGUCUCAUCUGGCAACUCAACUGUCAGUCUUCAGCUAAGGAAACACAUGACCACAAUGCAACGCCUUGAGCAGCUCAAGAAAGAGAAACUCAGGACAGUGAAGGAUUCUUGCUCAUGGGCAAAUCCAGCACCACAAGUCAAAAACACCAAACUGCCUCCCAUCCCAGGCAAUGGUUGUCUGUUGGACAAUAUGCGUGGCACCUCUACAAUGCUACCUAACCCAAGGAUAACUGAGCUGUCCAUCAAUGAAGUUACAAUGCUGAACCAACUAGCUGAACGCCGUGACAGCUCAACCAGUACCAUCAGUUCUGCCUACACAGUCAGCCGCAGAUCGUCAGGAAUAUCCCCUUACUUCUCCAGCCGCCGUUCCAGUGAAGCUUCUCAAUUUGGAAAUCGCCCUAACAACACAAGUUCUGCUGACUCCUAUGAUCCUAUUUCCACUGAUGCCUCUCGCAGGUCAAGUGAUGCCAGUCAGUGUAAUGGGGUCUCUGGUCUUCUGAAUCUCACACCGGCUCAGCACUACAGGCUGAAAGCCAGGUAUGCUGCUGCCACAGGUGGCCCACCACCUACACCACUACCUAACAUGGAAAGAAUGACCCUGAGGAAUAAGAUCUCUCUCCUUGAUGGCUCAGAGCCUGCUUUGCCUUCAUUUCGUCUCCCUCCUGGGCCGAGGCGUUGUAGUGACAGCAGUGCUUAUAUGUAUGGGGCAUCACCUGCAUUCUCUCAUGAAGUGCCUGGGAAUAGUGCAAGACGGGCAAGCGAUCCAGUAAGGAGACCUGCUGGAGACCCAAGUUCCCUUCCUAGAGUCCAUACUUUCAACAGCACCAACAGCAUGAACCCUCUUCACCCUCCUGCAGACAGAAGAAAUUUCACCCUUCCGGUCUUUCCACAUUCAGACAGAAGCCUUGCUAGGCACGUGUAUUCCCCACGACCCCCAAGCAUUAAUGAAAAUAUUGCCAUGGAAGCAAUGCCUGGUGAGACAGAUAGUUCUGUGGGAGAUGACGAUAUUGUCCUACCCGAUGACGUAGUACAAUACAUCAAAUCCCAAAACAGUGGGAUUGCCACAGAGAACUCUUCUACAGGGUAUGGGGGUGAAAUGCAAAACUUCCAAAUGAAUGCAAAAGUGCAACAUAACAACACACUAAACCAACGCAGGAUGGCUAUUCCAGAUCUGAGUAUGAACCAAUCAACCCCUGUUGGUGGUGGAUGCCAAAUAAACUAUGGGGCUAACUCUGAUUUGCAUAAAAAUAACAUGCCGGUCCAGUGGAAUGAAGUUAGCUCAGGAACGGUCGAUGCACCCUCUGCCCAAGCAAAACAGCAGUUCCCUCAACAGAACUUAGCUGUAUUCCAUCAGAAGCAGAAUUUUGGUCAGUAUCAGAACUUCAGCCAGCAGCAGUUGCAGGUGGGUCAAAACAACAUGAAUGGGAGCCUGCAGCAAUUUGUGCAGAAGAAUUCAAGCCUGGAUGGGCAAAGGCUCAAUUGCAUGCACUUAAAGCAGCAACAGGUGAAUCCAGGUCCUGGUAACAACCUGGAUUUGAACUCACAUGAGGUGUACAACCAAGUUCAUCAAAUGCUAAGUCCAAAUACGAUGGGUGGUGAUGUCACCCAGCUUUCUCCUUCCUGUAAUAACAUGACUAUGAAGCCUGCAUUCCACGUUCAUUCUCAGCAAAUAGAUAGCAUGGCUGAUCCCAUUUCAUUAGUUAACAAUGGCAGAGAAUAUGUGAUGCACAGUCAAGACAUGCAGGAACCAGGGUAUCAGCAGAGCUUUUCAUCUCAGCCAAACCACAUGAACUUCUCCAUGACACAGGAGGACUUCCACCAGGCUUCUGCAUUAAUGACCUCAAAUCAACCACACUUUGAGCCACAACAGGAAACGAUAGGUACAGUUGGACAGAGCUUCACUUCCUCAGUGGUACAACCUCACCCUCCACCUAAUCCUAAUCCAGGAAGCAAACACCAAGGAGUCCGUGCUGUGCAGCAGUUGGGAUACAUGAGAACAUCCCACCCAACAAACAAUGUGAGCUCAGGGCAGGAAAAGGCAAACUCUUCCCCCAAGAGAACAACUGGUGUAGGACCAUUGCAACCACAAUUUAACAGUAGUAUGAGGGAAAACCAUUUGAUGCACUAUUAUGGUCAAAUACACAUGUAUGAACAAAAUGGGAAUGUUAAUAACCAUACUGAUUACAGUGUAAGACAACAAUGUGCAUUGAACAUCAAACCAGCCACCAUGCCUUCCCCUGGUGCUAAUCAAGUUUCUAGCACAGUGGAUUCUCAGGUUCUGGAGCCUCCCCAGAUAGAUUUUGAUGCUAUCAUGGAUGAUGGUGACCAUUCAAGUCUGAUGUCAGGAACCUUGAGCCCUAGCAUCCUGCAGAAUCUCUCUCAGAACUCUUCUCGCCUUACAACUCCCCGAAAUUCUCUGACACUGCCAUCUAUACCACCUGGAAUUAGUAAUAUGGCAAUAGGGGACAUGAGCUCUAUGUUGACCACUCUGGCAGAAGAGAGCAAAUUUCUUAACAUGAUGUCUUAAUGCAUAAAGCACAAAUGUCUAGAAGUAUCCAGAAAUUAUGUGCUGAGCAAUGUUAUGAAUGUGCUUUUCUUUAAAAAAAAAAAAAAAGGAAAAGGAAAAGAGUUUCCAUAGAGUAGAUUUUUACAAGUAUUAAAACAUAUUAAGGGAAUUCCAAAUAAGAAAAAAUAUCUUUGUACAAACAUGCAUACACUAUAUAAAAAGCACUGAAAGGAUGCACUUCUAGUAUUAUUUUGUGCUUGUUUUUCAGAGUGCUCAAAGAUACCACCAUCCUUCUUAACGUGCUUCUAAAGUGUCACCAUUUAUAAAAGACAGGCCACAUUGAGAAUCCUUUUAAAAGCCUGACUGCCAUUGCCACCAUCCCUUCCCUUGUUAGUUUUCAAAGAGUUAACAUUUCUCAAACCAUCAACCUCAAAAAUAGAUGGGACUUUGCCAGUUCUGGGACACUCAAAAGCCAUGUGUUAAAAUAAUGAGAAGCAAUGUUUCAAAUGGAGCUUUAUUUUUUGCAAUCUCCUUUUGGCUUUCCCUUGCCUAUAGCUGCAAGUAUGUAAUGCCUUGUCCUCCCUAGCAACAGAUAUAAAUUUAACCAUAUGCAAAGACAUACUAUAAAUGCUUCAUGCUUUGCUUGUGACCGGACGUGCAUGCAUGUGCAGACACACACACACACACACUUCACUUUUACAGCCAGUAUCGCUCUUUAUAUCUUGCAGCUUAGCUGAGAAUCAGCUUUGCAGUGAAGUGCCUUACUGUGCAUUAACAGUUGAGUCGUCGAGGCAUCUAUUUUCCAUUAAUGCCAAAUCAAGUGUAUUGCCAGAAGCAUAUAUAAAAUAAAGGUGCAUUUAUAUAAGGCAUUGCAGUGUUGCUAAAAAGACAUUUGAGAAAGACACAUUGAUGGGGAAAUAUGAAAGACUUAAUGCCCUA